UUCAUACCCAGAAUUCCAUGCCCAAUAUGGCGAGACUCUAAGCACGCCGUUUGAAAGAAGUGAUUUUGACAGGUUUUACUCGAAAAUAUGAACAAAACGAAGAUGCCAAGUAAUCCGAGAAGAUGAUACAGUGCUUGAAUUAUAUAGUGGAAUGAGAGACGAUUCUGGUGACGAGUUACACAGAACAGAGAUUUACGAUGAGUGCAGCCAAGAUGGUGGCUGACUCGACACAGUCUGACCUGACAUGUGACCAGCGUGGUGACCAGGCUGGUGCUAGUAGAGAACCGGGGGAGGACAAGUCUGAUAAAAACCACACCUCCAAGAUGAAACGCAGAAAAAACGUGGACGGCAAGAAGAACAAGAAGACAAAGAAGAGUUGGAAAAAAGGAACCAAAAAGAAGAAUGAAAGUACACUAGCAGAUGAGAAUAAUCCUGACCUUGACCUUGACAAAGUGCUGAAGGAGAUUGGUGACUUCAUCAAGAACCGACAGGAGAUGGUGGACGAGAUGUUCCAUGCUGUCCGCGGUGCCAGUUUAGACCGAGCUCUACCCGAGGCACUCAAAAGUGUUGCCAUGGAGGAUCUGAAGCGGCGGUGUGUGGAGCAUCUCGAGGUGAUGUCAAGGAAACGCAUCUUCAGAAUCAUGGCAGGUGAUGACCCAUCCACCAUCUCGUCAUCGGGAACGGAAGAGGAGUCCUCCGAUGAGGAUGUAACAAAUACCGCCAGCAAAGGGACAGAAAAAACACAGAGUCAGGCAGCAGAUUCUACCUCCCAAACAGGAGGAUGUCAGUCCGAUCUGGACGAUAUGGUUGUUCAAGAUGAAGCUGACCGUGGAAAUGAGGACAGUGGUAGGACUAAUGCUGUGGUUCCUGAAGAGGCCGGUGGACCCUGGAGUGGGAGGUCAUCAAGUGCGGGCUCCGAGGAAGGAGAGCGGCGGUCUCCACGGUCCGAGAGUCACACCAAUGUAAUCCUGGCCAUGGAGGAGGGUGAGUCGGAGGGGGAGCUGGUCGACUCGGGGCAGGAGGUUGACAAUCAAGGUGAAGGUCAGGACAGUAAUGAGGACCGGCAGGAAGGCAGUGUUGAUGAGGAGUGGUCGUCCGAGGAUGAGGAGAUGGUCAUGGAUUUGGGAGGAGAACCCGGUGUGCACCGUGGACAGAAGAGUUCCACAUCCGUGUCCGACUCGCUGAUUCCAGUCCUCACCAAGAACCAGAUGGAGCUGCUGGAACUCGAGAUGAGAGCCAAGGCGAUCAAAGCCAUGCUCAGUAAAAUGAAGAAGUAAACACUAGACUCAGUGGAACUCGAGAUGAGGGCCAAGGCCAUCAAAGCCAUGCUCAGUAAAAUGAAGAAGUAAACACUAGACUCAGUGGAACUCGAGAUGAGGGCCAAGGCCAUCAAAGCCAUGCUCAGUAAAAUGAAGAAGUAAACACUAGACUCAGUAGAAAGGGAGAUGUAAUCUGUUACUGUUGGGUUGAUAUUUGAUAGACUGUGGAACAGGUGAUGUGAACUUUAUAUUGGUGCUGUUAUUCUGGACAAGAAAACCUAACAGGGCUGUGAAGUUCAGGUGUUCUGUCAUAAUGGCAGAGCUGACCUUUUCAGUUUGUUAGACUCAAGGACAUACUCUGAAACUUGCCCUCUUAGAAACAUUUGGAUAACUGGUGGUUAGCAGGUUUGAUUUUCUCACCAAAAGACAAGUAUUUGAUUACCAAACCUUGCUGAACCCAUCGUUCAUCAGUGUUAGUGUAAACAUGUUGUAAUGUCGCUGAUGCAGGAUUCCUCAAGUGAACAGGAAGAAAGACUAGACGGUGACACAGUAGGACCGGUAUUCUUGAUAGUGUUAGUGUAAACAUGUUGUAAUGUCGCUGAUGCAGGAUUCCUCAAGUGAACAGGAAGAAAGACUAGACGGUGACACAGUAGGACCAGUAUUCUUGAUAGUGUUAGUGUAAACAUGUUGUAAUGUCGCUGAUGCAGGAUUCCUCAAGUGAACAGGAAGAAAGUUUGGUCAGUGACAGUGGGACAGAGAUUCUUGAUGAUUGGAAUCUUUGAGAAGGAUGCAUUUACUUUUAUUAUCAAGUCGAUUGUUUGAUGGUGGUUCAACAAUAGAAUGCACUGUGACAGUCUGUAGCUGUUAACGUAUGCUCUGUGGAAUUUUCAUUUCUCCGUCAACAUAAGUUAUAUUAUUUUCUUCACCAUUCCAUGUGUACUAGAGGUUCAUACAUGUACAUGUGUGUAUAUGCAUAAUGGAAUAAUAACAUUAUUAUAAUUUUAAAGUUUUAUUCACAACUGUCAACAACUGUAGUUAUAUUUUGGGGGAAAUAAAUUUUAUUUCUUAGAAAAUUUGUGCUUGUGUUUGUGCAAAGCUUGUUUUGAUGCUAUAGUGUUGAGAGCAGUACAGUGAUUGUAAUAUCAGACAUUGGAAUCUCAGUCUCUGAAUAUGAUGACAUUUAAGACUGCUGCAGUGAAGAAGGUAAACAAGUGAAUGUGUUUAUGUUUGAGGUCAUACUCGCAGGUUACUUAAUAUAGCAGAUAGUCAUUUCACACUUCACUUUUCACCACUUGCAGUUAUAUUACUCAUGAUCAUAAAGUAUAUUUUUGUACUUUCAUCAGCAUCAAUUCAUUCUUAAAUAAUUUUUAUCAAUCACUGCAAAAUGUAAUUAAAAAAAUAUAUGUACUUUAUUGAAUUAAACAAGAUGGAAAAAC